AUGGGGAAGUAUGGUGAGAUCGAUCUCGCCUUGGGUCUGGCGCACCUGACGUUAAACAGCCAAGGAGACUCGUCUCUCGUGGGAAAAGAAGAAUCGGUGGCCACCUUCAAGGGGAACGAGUUCUUCUGUUACGAUCUGUCCAUGACUCCCAUCCAGAGCAGCACGGAUGAGAUCACGCUGUCCUUCCGAACGCUCCAGCGCAACGGUCUGAUGCUUCACACCGGGAAAUCUGCAGACUACGUCAACCUGUCGCUGAAGAGCGGCGCCGUCUGGCUCGUCAUCAACCUGGGCUCCGGCGCCUUCGAGGCGCUCGUGGAACCGGUGAACGGGAAGUUUAACGACAACGCUUGGCACGAUGUUAAAGUCACGCGAAACCUGCGACAGCACUCAGGCAUUGGACACGCUAUGGUCACCAUCUCAGUGGACGGCAUUCUGACCACCACCGGAUACACGCAGGAGGACUACACCAUGCUGGGCUCCGACGACUUCUUCUACAUCGGAGGAAGCCCGAACACGGCCGACCUGCCCGGAUCUCCCGUCAGCAACAACUUCAUGGGCUGCCUGAAAGACGUGGUGUACAAGAACAACGACUUCAAGCUGGAGCUGUCGCGUCUGGCCAUCGAGAGGGACCCUAAGAUCAGUGUGCACGGGGACCUGGUGUUCCGCUGCGAGGACGUGGCGGCCCUGGACCCCGUGACCUUCGAGACGGCCGAGUCCUACAUCUCCCUCCCGCGCUGGGACACCAAGAAGACCAGCUCCAUCUCCUUCGACUUCCGCACCACGGAGCCCAGCGGCCUGCUGCUGUUCAGCCACGGCAAGCCUCAGAGCAGCAAAGAGCAGCGGCCCGGCCGCGAGAUGAAGACCGACUACUUCGCCAUGGAGCUGCUCGACGGCUUUCUCUACCUGCUGAUGGACAUGGGCUCCGGCAGCAUCAAGCUCAAGACCAGCAACAAGAAGGUGAACGACGGAGAGUGGUGCCACGUGGACUUCCAGAGAGAGGGACGGAGAGGCUCCAUCUCCGUCAACAGCCGCUCCAUUCCCUUCAGCUCUAACGAGGGCAGUGAGAUCCUGGACCUGGACAGUGACAUGUAUCUGGGUGGUUUACCGGAGAGCGGUCAGGGCCUGAUCCUGCCGCCCGAGGUCUGGACCGCGCUGCUCAACUACGGCUACGUGGGCUGCGUCCGCGACCUGUUCAUAGACGGCAAGAGUCGAGACGUGCGGCGUCUGGCGGAGAUCCAGAGCGUGCCGGGCGUCAGCAGCUUCUGCACGCGCGAGCUCCAGAAGAGGUGCAGCAGCGCCCCCUGCGCCAACGGAGGACAGUGCAAGGAGGGCUGGAACCGCUACAUCUGCGACUGCACCGGCACCGGAUUCCUGGGAGGCAACUGUGAGAUCGAGGCGACGGUUCUGAGCUAUGAUGGCAGCAUGUAUCUGAAGAUCAUCAUGCCCAGCACGCUGCACACGGAGGCGGAGGAUGUGGCGCUGCGCUUCAUGUCCCAGCGGGCGUACGGGCUGCUCGUGGCCACCACCUCCAAAGAGUCGGCCGACACGCUGCGGCUGGAGCUGGACGGAGGACGGGUCAAACUCACUGUCAACCUCGACUGUAUCAGGAUAGACUGUAACCUCAGUAAAGGUCCAGAGAUCCUGACGGCCGGUCAGAAACUGAAUGAUAACGAGUGGCACUCAGUGAAAGUGGUCCGGCGCGGGAGGAACCUGCAGCUGUCUGUGGAUAACGUGACUGUGGAAGGUCAGAUGACCGGUGAUCACACGCGUCUGGAGUUCCACAACAUCGAGACGGGCAUCAUGACGGAGCGCAGGUUCAUCUCUGUCAUGCCGUCGAACUUCAUCGGGCACCUGCAGGGCCUGACGCUGAACGGCGUGCCGUAUCUGGACCAGUGUAAGAACGGAGACAUCUCGUACUGCGAGCUGAACGCCCGCUUCGGCAUGCGCCACAUCAUCGCCGACCCCGUGACCUUCCGCAAUAAAGGCAGUUACCUGGCGCUGGCCACGCUGCAGGCGUACGCAUCCAUGCACCUGUUCUUCCAGUUCAAGACCACUAGCACUGACGGCCUGCUGCUCUUCAACAGCGGCGACGGCAGCGACUUCAUUGUGGUGGAGCUGGUCAAAGGGUAUGUUCACUAUGUGUUUGACCUGGGGAACGGCCCGUCUCUGAUGAAGGGAAACUCGGAGAAGCCGCUCAACGACAAUCAGUGGCACAAUGUGGUGGUUUCACGCGACACCAAUAACGUACACACGCUCAAGAUCGACUCUCGCACCGUGACGCAGCACUCUAACGGAGCCAGGAACCUGGACCUCAAAGGACCCAGCACCACCUGUACGGAGGACUCGUGUCAUCAUCAGGGGGUGUGUCUGCAGCAGUGGGAGGGCUUCUCGUGUGACUGCACCAUGACGUCCUACGGGGGCUCGUACUGCAGCGAUCCUGGGACGACCUACAUCUUCGGCCGCGGAGGGGCCCUCAUCACGUACACGUGGCCCCCGAACGACCGGCCGAGCACGAGGGCAGACCGGCUGGCCGUGGGCUUCAGUACGCAGCUGAAGGAGGCCAUUCUGGUGCGGGUGGAGAGCGCCAAGGGGCUCGGAGACUAUCUGGAGCUUCACAUAGAGCGCGGGAGGGUCGGCGUGAUCUUUAACGUGGGGACGGACGACAUCGUCAUCGAGGAGAGCGGCGUGAUGGUCAGCGACGGGAAGUAUCAUGUGGUCAGAUUCACACGGAGCGGCGGGAACGCCACACUACAGGUGGACAAUCUGCCCGUGCUGGAGCGCUUCCCUUCAGGGGUCUUUGAUAGUGAACGGCUGGCUAUUGCUAGGCAAAGAAUCCCGUACCGACUCGGUCGGGUAGUUGACGAGUGGCUACUCGACAAAGGUCGGCAGCUGACGAUCUUCAACAGCCAGGCGUUCAUUAAGGUGGGCGGCGGUGAGAAGGGCCGUAACUUCCAGGGUCAGAUCUCGGGGCUAUACUAUAACGGCCUGCAGGUGCUGAAGCUGGCGGCGGAGGGCGACCCGAAUGUGCAGGUGCAGGGGAACCUGCGUCUGGUGGGAGACGUGCCCUCCGUCAUGAGCACCGACACCACCUCCACCACGCCGCUCGCAGACAUGUCCACCACCAUCAUGGAGACCACCACCACCAUGGCCACCACCACCACCCGCAAACAACGCUCGCCCACCAUGAGAGACAGCGUCACGCAGAAUACUGACGACCUGUUAGUAGCGUCAGCAGAAUGCCCAAGUGAUGAUGAAGAUCUCGAGGAGUGUGAACCUGGAAACGGAGGUGAACUAGUGUUGCCAAUUAUAACUGUGGAUUCCCUUGACCCACCGUCAAUUGUGACACUUUACCCCGUUAUUCCCCCGCCCCCGACCUAUCGCCCCUUCCUCACCUUGCUCGAGACCACCAAAGAGUCUCUCCCCUUGCCUGGCCGACCCCCUUGUCCGCUGGACCAGGAGGACUGCGAAGAGCCCAUGGAGGUCUCAGCCUUCGGCUCGGGUGAGAUGACGGAAUCCGACGAUGAGGACUACUAUAAAAACUCCCCCCUUGUCACUGACCGGACCGUACUCCCCCCUCCCCCUGCGGCCGGGAACCCCCGAGGUGACCGGCCCUUUGCCCAUUUGCCCGAGUCCCAUCGCCCGCCGCUCCCGUUCACCCCCACAGCCCCCCCGGUGCCCCGGCUCAAACCCGGCAUCAACAGUGGCUCCAACAUCCCUGCGGGUAAAAUGAACACCCGCGACCAGGUGCUGCUGCCGCCCAUUCAGCCGUCGGGCGACCCUGAACACGGCGGGCGGCACCGGCACGUCCCAGGUAUAACAUAUCCUCCCAAUUUCCCCCAUGUGCCCACUACAGACCCCUCGUCACCAGACCGAGGGCCUCCAGGAGCGGUGGAGGUAAUCCGAGAGUCCAGCAGCACGACGGGCAUGGUGGUGGGCAUCGUGGCCGCAGCCGCCCUCUGCAUCCUCAUCCUACUCUACGCCAUGUACAAGUACCGCAACCGCGAUGAAGGCUCCUACCAGGUGGACCAGAGUCGCAACUACAUCAGCAACUCGGCCACGCAAAGCAACGGCGCCUUGGUGAAGGAGAAGCAGCCCGGCGCAGCCAAGACGGGCACAAAGAGCAAGAAGAACAAAGACAAGGAGUAUUACGUCUGAGCUCGGCCUCCGUAGGGACCGAGGCGGAAGCGAAGGGGAGAAGGAGAGAGAUAGGAUGAGGAAUGGAAAGGGAGGUCCAGGUAUUUGUCGGCAGUUUACCGUCACAUUUAGAGCUCUGACAUCAGUCUUCUUUAAUUUCCCGUCUCGUCUAGCUGUUGGCCUCAUUUUCAGCAAGAGCUAAAGAGUUCGAAAGCAUCUAGGGUUCGGAAUCAUCCCCUCCCUCAUUUCCAUUUGUGAUAGCUAAUCCCUAUUACAAAAAGAAACUCUGCAGACCUUUUGUAUUGAAGAAAAGUGGAUUUUUCCUCGCAUGUAAUUUGACGCUCUAGUUUGUUCUUUGUAAAUACUACGUGAGUCCUCAAUAUUCAGAUCAUCUCCUAACCUGAUGUCAAAACACCGUGUCCGCCAGGGUGCUUGUGCGAUCCAUUGUUGCUCCAUCAGAGCAUUGGAUGCGGUUGAGAAUUGUUUGGGAACGAGAGCAGUUCAGCUGGAACAGCUUGGCAUAGGUGACAUUUCAGGAACAGAUGGUGCCGAAAAUGUUUAGCAGUCACACUCCUCUGUAAUACUGCCAAACCAGCUCCGUGUCAAAUGCGUCUCCCUCUCUUUCCAAGUGCUUCAUGUUUCCAGCCUCCGCUCCCAUCAUCCCUCUCUUUCUCUCUUUCUUGGCUUGUUCUCUCUUUUUCUGCUUGUCCUUGGUGCUCAGGAGCAGAUGCAACGUAAUUCUGUUGUGUUUCCAGCAUGUGGUAUUCAAAAUGAAAAGAGACAAAAACUGUUUCUGUGGAGUCAAACAAAUAAAUAUAUAUCUAUAUAUCAAACCGUUACAACUAGCGAAACAUCUGUGGAUGAUCCCUUCAGCCGCCAGGACUCUUGGAUGCCUGCAGUUACCCCGCGUUCAAGCAAAUAUUCGUUGUGUGUUUUUGGGGUUCCCCAGGGCUCUGUCCUGAACCCGCUGAUGAUCUUGGUUUUUGCUCCACAUUCAAGAACCUGAAACCCCCAACAGCAAAUAGAUAUAUUCAUAUACAGAUAUUUGAAAAGACAAAGGGACACAAGCAACUGAAAGUCUGACGUGAUCGAUCAAGGCCUACAUCACGUCAACAAACCGUAUCAGUGGAAAACAGCAGAGCAGGAUGCUAAGAUGUCUUUUGUUUUGUUUUCUAUAUGUGUGCGUGUUUGUGCUUUUUUUUAUUGCGUCACAAUGUCUAAGGAAAAAGACAAUAACGUUCCAGUUCAUGUACAUCCCACGUAGGGAACGUGAACUCUCCUGCGUCUUUGACCACGUUCCCUCAGGAGGAAAGUAGGUAUGAACUUUGCGCAUUUAAUGGAACGUACUCUCUCGAAAGAGACAAAAUGGCCUGUUUCUUGGAAGAUGUACAUCUUGAACUCUAGUAUUCUAAUUUUCUCAACUCUAUUAAAAGAACUAAACUCUACAUUGAAAAGAAAAUGUUUAAACAGUUUGUGAAAUGUCUAAAUAUUUGAAUCUCAUCCCAGUGCUAAAAGAGAUGUGUUUUUCCUAAUUAUCAUCCCUAAGAAAAAGAAAAAAAGAAGAAAGUGCAGUGAAAUGCAAAGAUCAGUGAAUCGGAUUCCAGAAAGCAGAUGCUCUUUUGAAUAUUAAACAGCAAAAUGUGAUUUGGUUUACAAGAGAACAUUUCCUUUACCAGGUGUGAGAGUAUCUCCUUGUAUCCAGAAGACUUUGAUCAUCGACUCCAUCCUCCGUUUAAAUCAUGUUGCUCGCUUUACCCAGCGUGUGGAGGGCUGUUCAUACGCCAUACUCACUCAACGAGGACCAGACUUCAUCAUCAUCAUUUGAUUUCACUCUUCCAUCUCUGUGUGUUUGCAUGAGCGUUUGUGCGCUUGUUUGUCUGUGUGAAUGUGUUUCCAUUCUUUCCGUUCCUGUUCAGGUUUGUCGGUUGCGUUUCUCCUCAGCUCCCUUGUUCUUUCUAAAUGUUAUUGUAGAGUGUUCCAGUGAGAU